UUAUAGCUAGGUGGACGGAUGUUCAAGCCGUCGACAGAGGUCCACAGAAGUAACAGUUGUGUAUACAUGUUGGAUUUAUUCCCUCCUGCAAGAAGUGUUGGUGAGUUCAAUCGGAGCACAAGUAGAUGUGGUCAUGUGUGUGUGAGAGAGGGGCCGUAGUGACGAAACCCACUUAACACAUAAGUGUGUGAGCGAGCGCCAAGUUUACGGCGUGAAGUAGAGGUUGGAAUUUUCCAUUUUGACAGAAUGGAAACGGGACCUACAGGUGACAAUGACUAAAAGCAAGGUACAGGCUUGCAGAAGGUGUGCUUUGACGCACAGCAGGAUCGUGCCACGGAUAUCUCACAAUGGGAGAAGUAGAGCUAUGCAGUCUCUCACACGUGUGGGAAUUAGAAGAACGUAAAUAUGUUGCGCGUGUGUUCCUUUUAACACGUUCUCGCUGGCAGAUGAACAUUAAAAUGCCGCACGUGAGGUCCUCAGCCAGUCCUGCGAAAAUGCAGACCAAGAUGAGCGCCUGGACACCCCUCAACCACCCACAGUCCAACUACAAGGUUUUUGAAGAGAGACGAAGCCUUCUGUCAAAGUGGUUUGACAGGUGGUCUGACAAGCAGAAGCGGUUGGUGCUGCAUGACUUUGUCAAGAGCUGCUCAAAGGAGCAGCUACGCUUUGUGGAGGCCUGCGUGAGUCAACAGCUGCCCCUGCGGGCCGCUGACUUCACGUGCUUGCUGCCGAGGGCCAUCUGCCUCUACAUCUUCUCCUUCCUGGACCCACGCAGCCUCUGUCGCUGUGCACGGGUGAGUUGGCGCUGGAAAAGCAUUGUGGACCUGGACCAGCUGUGGAUGCCCAAGUGUCUGAGACUCGGCUGGAUCAUCAGCUUCUCCCCCACCGUGUUUGAGCAGGGCGUGUGGAAGAGACACUACAUCAACACUGUGCAAGAGAUACUGCUUGCUGGCCCCACCAGAAAGGCCGCCAUGUCCCAGCAGCGGACGGCGAGUCCAGAUGAAGUAAGAGUCAGCAGUCGAUCUGAGGACAUGACACAAGGGCUCUCCAUAAGUGGGGGUCUUCAAGUAUCUACUAAUCGGCAAGUUGGAGGGGUGUGCAGGAGCAGAUUGAGAAAAGACAACCAUCCCCUUGUGCUUCCGCCUUGGAGAGACUCUGACAGGGCUCCCAAGGACACGGUCCGCUUCAACUACCUGGACAACUUGGAGGCUGUUGGACAAGCCAGUGCAGCGCAGAACAAGAACAGAGUGACCGCUUGCACUAGUAAAACGGAGAAGCCAGACAAUGAGAGACGGAAAACGCUAUCCGAGAUGAGUUACAAACUACGCAAAGCUAAAUCACUGAUGUUCCUCACGUCAAACAGCAGACCCCACCAUCCUGUUCCUCUCCCUCCUCCUCCUCUUCCUCGUCAGACCCAAUCUCGCCCCCAUUGGGCGUCUGUCAGUUACAGCUACCCCACCACCAAGGAGGAGGGAGAGAUCCUGCUGGGGGACGCCCAGUGGAAUGCUGGGAAACGUCCAGGUCCGGUGAGGACGGCCGUACCUAGACUGAGCGUGGAGGCCCUUAGGGCGUCCCGCCGCUCGAACAGGAGCCUACCCAGUGUGCCACUGUUCGAUUUUGAGCCUUGGACUCUCCCAGUGUCCUUCACACAAUACGUGGACUAAUACACUUCGCCACCUGCAGGCACACUAGGAAUGUGCAGCGGAUAUUUUUACAGGGUUUGUAAAUCUAUAAA